AUGGCGAAUAUCAUGCUGGGAAAAGCGGCUGAAGUUAAGUUAUCCCAAAUUCCUCUUUCAAAUGACACCAUCAGCGACAGAAUAGAGGACAUGAGCAAAGACAUCUUGGCUCAAAUAGUUGCAGAUCUGAUUUCAAGCCCGGCAAAAUUCAGCCUUCAACUCGACGAGACCACAGACGUCUCCAAUCUAAGCCAGCUUGCAGUAUUCGUGCGCUAUGUGAAAGACGACGUGAUAAAGGAAGAGUUUUUAUUUUGUAAGCCUCUUACAACAACAACUAAGGCAGCCGAUGUGAAGAAACUUGUGGAUGACUUCUUCAAAGACAACAAUCUUUCGUGGCAUAUGGUUUCUGCAGUUUGUUCGGAUGGAGCUCCAGCCAUGCUGGGAAGAAAGUCUGGUUUUGGUGCGCUAGUGAAAGCCGAUGCACCACACAUCAUUGUUACGCAUUGUAUUCUUCAUAGGCAUGCAUUGGCAACAAAAACCUUGCCUCCAAAACUGGCAGAAGUAUUAAAAAUUGUAGUAGAAUGUGUGAACUAUCUGCGAAAUAGUGCUCUGAGGCACCGCAUCUUCAGGGAGCUGUGUAAAGAAAUGGGAUCUGAAUUUGAGGUACUUCUGUACCAUUCCAACGUUCGGUGGUUAUCCCGGGGACAGGUGUUGAAUCGUGUUUUUGCCGUGCGUGUGGAAUUAGCCCUGUUUUUGCAAGAGCACCAACAUUGUCAUGCAGAUUGCUUCAAAGAUUCUGCGUUCAUUCUCAUUUUAGCGUACAUGACUGAUAUCUUUGCAGCUCUAAAUCAUCUCAAUCAACAGAUGCAGGGCGGUGGAGUCAACAUCAUCGAAGCGGAAGAAAACCUGAAGGCUUUUCAAAAAAAGCUACCGUUAUGGAAACGACGAAUAGAGAACGAUAACUUCGCAAACUUUCCCCUGCUAGACGACUGUGUAAGUAAGAUCGAAGAUGUAUCUGGAAUCGGAGACAUUUCUGUACCCACGGAACUGAAGCAAGCAUUUGCCACACACUUAGAUGAGCUUGCAUACUUCCCUACAAGAGAGUCAUAUCCAGCAAGGGUGAGACAGCCGUUCACAUUUAGUGUUGAGACAACAGAUGUUAAUGAUGAAUACCUCGAUGAAAUCAUUGAACUUCAGCAGAGCCAGGUUCAACAGCAACUCUUCAGAACAACAACGCUCUCAACGUUUUGGUGUCAACAAAUGGUAACGUACCCUGUUAUUGCUAAGAAAGCUCUGGAGUUUUUCAUACCGUUUGUUACAACAUAUCUUUGCGAGCAAUCCUUUUCAAGGAUGCUGGACAUGCGAAAAUGA